AUGGAGGCUGAACCAGCCCCAGACUUCAUGCUGCGAGAGUUGCAGACGCCGCCCUGUCUGGACCCCAAGUCACCCCCGGAGCCCCGUGCCCAGCAGACACCAAGAACCUCAGGAUUCCUCAGAACCAAUGGCAGGUGCUACCCAGUGAGGGAAAUGACCACAUUCUCCCUUGUUUCCAGGUCCUUCUGGCCUGCACACCAGGACUCGGUCACCACCCUGUGCUUCCUCCAAGAGACACCAGAGGUGUCCCUGGCCCAGGAGUCCUGCUGGGAGCCGAAGACCCUGGGAACACUGGGACCACCGUCCCUGGCCAGGGAUGCCAAGAAUAUGUGGACCCCGAUCAACCAGCAGUGCUGCAGCCUGGGACCCCCAGGGCCCCCCACCUUCUCUUCAGCCCCACCCCAAAGGAGGUCCCGGAAGCAGUCCAACCCCCAUCGGGGACUUGAGAAAAUGGACCCCCAGUUCGAGGGGGUGACCCUGAGGUUUCAGAUAAAGCCGGAUUCCAGCCUACAGAUCAUACCCAGCUACAGCCUGGCCUGUAGCAGCCGCUCUCAGGGCCCAUCUGCAGUCCCCUCUGGGAGCCCUGAGCCCAGCCCAGGAGGCAGCGAAGCCCUGGGGCCCAGGCGCUGUGCUUCCUGUAGGACCCAGAGGACCCCUCUCUGGAGAGAUGCAGAAGAUGGGACCCCUCUCUGCAAUGCCUGUGGUAUCAGGUACAAGAAAUAUGGCACCCGGUGCUCCAGCUGCUGGCUGGUGCCCCGGAAAAAUGUCCAGUCCAAGAGGCUAUGUGGCAGAUGUGGGAUGUCCCUGGGCCCUCACCAAGGCCCAACUCAGGAAGGGUAAGCCCUUCCUCACCCA